UCGGCGAUAUAAAUUUCGCACGUGGUUCCGACACAAUCAACAAAAAUUUCUAACGAUCCCCACACAAUACUGUCGUAGGUCAUCAUCAGCUGACAGCUCGCUUCUAACAUGUAAAAUAAUUACUUUUUUCUAUUCAUAAUUUCUUUGUAAUAAAAUAAAAUUCCAAGAAAAUUGCCAAUUGUUUAUUACGCCGGAGAUCAGUAGUAUGAUUUCGCCAAUAAUAAAUACUCGAUGUGUAACAUCAUUACAGAACAAUUAGUCGUUGAUUAAUUUCCGAGUGAUAAACAUGGAAUUCAGUGGUGUAUAUAACUCUGAUGUCAGAGUGAAGAAGGAACCAAAUGAUGUUUCCCCAAUUGAAAAUGAUGAUUAUGAGAUAAUUGGCAAUGCACACGAUGUCAGCGUGAAGGAGGAGCCAAAUGAUGUUUUCCCAAUUGAAAACGAAGGUUAUAAGAUAAGUGACAAUGCACACGAUGCUAAAACCGACGAAUUCUCGAUUUUUUUUCGAGAUAAUUUAAUUCAUGGGCUUCAAGAAUAUGAUGAAGAUUCUGUACCUAAUGAGGAUUUGGAAAUAGAAUUCGAAUGUAAAAACGAGAAGCUCGGCAUUAAUUUAUUAUUAGUCAAAAAGAUCGAGGACGAUUAUCCAGAUCAUUUGCGGCAUAUGAAAAAUAGUUGCGAUUAUCAGACUCAAAAGAAAAUUAAAGAAGAAAUUGUCGACGAAGUAAAAGAGGAAUUGAAUUUGGAUGGUGAUUUCAGUGAUGCAUUUGAUCCAAACAAAAAAACAUUUGCUCAAAAAAGUCUAUGCGAAUCCCAAACUGAUAACGCACGCAAUCGUACCAAAUAUCCAUGUAAUGUAUGCGGUAAAAAAUUUUCACAAAAAGGUACUCUCAAGGUCCACAUCGCUGCUGUUCAUAAUGACGUCAAGCAUACAUGUGUUACAUGUGGAAAGACAUUCAAACGCAAAGGUACUCUCAAAAUUCACAUCGAUGCGAUUCAUAAUGGUAUGGCACUAACAUGCGAAAUGUGCGGAAAGAAAUUUCAAAGAAAGGAUAAACUUAAGAUUCACAUCGAUGGGCAUAAUGGUGUUAAACAUCCUUGUAAUAUAUGCGGUCAAAAAUUUACACAAAAAGGUAAUCUUAAGGUCCACAUCGAUGCAGUUCAUAAUGGUGUUAAACAUGCGUGUAAUAUAUGCGGUCAAACAUUCACCCAAAAAGGAGAUCUCAAAAUUCACAUCGAUGCAAUUCAUAAUGGUAUUAAACAUGAGUGUAGUAUAUGUGGAAAAACAUUCACACAUAAAUGUACUCUCAAAAUUCACUUCAAUGCGAUUCAUAAUGGUAUGUCACUUACUUGCGAAAUAUGCGGAAAGAAAUUUCAAACGAAGGAUAAACUCAAGAUCCACAUCGAUGGUGUACACAAUGGUGUUAAACAUGUGUGCAUUACAUGUGGAAAGUCAUUCACCCAAAAAGGUAGUCUUAAAAUCCACGCGAUGCGAUGCAUAAUGGUGUGACACCUACAUGCUAAAUAUGUGGUAAUACAUUUGCAUGUAAGAGUAGUCUCAAAAAGCACAUGGAGUCAAUGCAUAAUAAGAUCACUUACGUUUGUUAUACGUGCGGCAAGACAUUUUCACAAAAGGAACGUCUGAUAAUUCACAUUAGAACACAGCACGAAGACAUUGAUCACACAUGUGUUUAAUGCGGAAAAAAUUUGCAGAGAGGAGAUAUCUACAUAUGCACGUCAAAUGUAUGCAUAAUGUCAAUACCCAAUCACGAGACCAAUGCAAAAGAUCUUAGAACGUUUAUCAAUACCGCGUAAAAUGAUAAAAACAUCGAGACAAAUGAGUGGCCGUAAAACUGUCAUCGAAAUAGUGCAUCACUCACGCAUUACCAUCCAAUAAAUGUAUUAAAGAGACAUUGAAAUUUUGUAAAAAACAAUUACUAUUAUAUUUUGGAUUACUCCUGUGUUUUCCAUCUGACUGCUUAAGAA